CGAGGAGGGAGGCGCGCAGUGGGUGCUGAGCUGAGCCGAGAGGAGGGAGGACCGCGAGGAAGGCCCCGCCCCCGCCAUUCGGAACUGGCUUCUUGCUGCCGCCAAACCCGCUCACUUUGCCUCUCGCCUCUGGACGGCUGCAAGAAGGCUGCUGAGCUUCGGCUGGAGGGAGCGCCAGGGACCCGGGAGCAUUCGGGCUCCGGUGCAUCUUUGCUGCACACGCACCCCUCAGAGGGAACGGCGUCGCCGCCUUGGAGAGGCACCCCAGCCUCGGAGGGGGCAUCCCCUGGGCGUGAGGGGCGGUGACGCUGACCCAGCCUCCUUCCCGGCCAGUGGGACGCAGCGCUGGCUCUGGAGGGGACUACUCGGCUACCCACAAGUACCGCCGCGGGAAGGGCACGUUGCUAGUACCGAGGCUGGGCUAUUAAGGAGGCUAGAACCCGGAGGAGCGCCUGGACCAGCGCAAGACUAGAGCGAAGCCCCAAGGGAGAGGGAGCCCGACAGCCCACCGGCCCCGACGGCGCACUCUGCGGUCGGCGAACAGCAGGCAGGUCCUUUGCGGUGGUCGGAGGGUGGCUGCGGUGCCCCCGGGCCGAGGGGCCCCGGGGCGACCAGCCAUGACCUUUGGGCGCAGCCGGGCGACCUCGGUGGUACUGAACGUGGGCGGCGCCAGGUACUCGCUGGCCCGGGAGCUAUUGAAGGACUUUCCGCUGCGCCGCGUAAGCCGGCUGCACGGCUGCCGCUCGGAACGCGACGUGCUCGAGGUGUGCGACGACUAUGACCGCGAGCGGAAUGAGUACUUCUUCGACAGACACUCAGAGGCCUUCGGCUUUAUUCUGCUCUACGUACGCGGCCAUGGCAAGCUGCGCUUCGCUCCGCGGAUGUGCGAGCUCUCCUUCUACAAUGAGAUGAUCUACUGGGGCCUGGAGGGCGCGCACCUCGAAUAUUGCUGCCAGCGCCGCCUAGACGAUCGCAUGUCAGACACCUACACCUUCUAUUCCGCUGACGAGCAGGGCGCGCUGGGCCGCGACGAGACGCAACCCGGCGGCGCCGAGGCGGCCCCCUCUAGACGUUGGCUGGAGCGCAUGCGGCGGACCUUCGAGGAACCCACGUCUUCGCUGGCCGCGCAAAUUCUGGCCAGCGUGUCCGUGGUAUUCGUGAUCGUGUCUAUGGUGGUGCUGUGCGCCAGCACCCUGCCGGACUGGCGCGCUGCGGCCGCCGACAACCGCAGCCUGGAUGACCGGAGCAGGUACUCUGCCGGCCUUGGGAGGGAGCCCUCCGGGAUAAUUGAAGCGAUCUGCAUAGGUUGGUUCACUGCAGAGUGCAUUGUGAGAUUCAUCGUCUCCAAAAACAAGUGUGAGUUUGUCAAGAGACCCCUGAACAUCAUUGAUUUACUGGCAAUCACACCCUAUUACAUCUCCGUGUUAAUGACAGUGUUUACUGGCGAGAACUCUCAACUCCAGAGGGCUGGAGUCACCUUGAGGGUGCUUAGAAUGAUGAGGAUUUUUUGGGUGAUUAAGCUUGCCCGUCACUUCAUUGGUCUUCAGACACUUGGUUUGACUCUCAAAAGAUGUUACCGAGAGAUGGUUAUGUUACUUGUCUUCAUUUGUGUUGCCAUGGCAAUCUUUAGUGCACUUUCUCAGCUUCUUGAACAUGGGUUGGACCUGGAAACAUCCAACAAGGACUUUGCCAGCAUCCCUGCUGCCUGCUGGUGGGUGAUUAUCUCUAUGACUACAGUUGGCUAUGGAGAUAUGUAUCCUAUCACAGUGCCUGGAAGAAUCCUUGGAGGAGUUUGUGUUGUCAGUGGAAUUGUUCUAUUGGCUUUACCUAUCACUUUUAUCUACCACAGUUUUGUGCAAUGUUAUCAUGAGCUCAAGUUUAGAUCUGCUAGAUAUAGUAGGAGCCUCUCCACUGAGUUCUUAAAUUAAUGCAUUGCAAAUCAACUCUUGCAUACACUCUGAUAAAAA